AAUUUGUGCGUCAAUACGAGUUCAUUUACAUAUCCAAACAUUUGCACCUGUCAAAAUAACGAAACGCGGAAAUUGACGCAAGAAGCUCGAAUUAAAAACAUGUUUUCAAAUAAUUUGUUUUCGAUUUCAGUCGUAAGGAAUUUUGUUUUGCUGUACGUGUCAUAAUGAUGACAAGUUUGCAACAUCUAAUUUUUGACUAUAAAUGAUACACCGAAUUCGUGGAAAUUUAGUUAUUGUUCAAGUGAUUCGACUUUAAACAUGUCUAAGCAAUUGAUGGUUUGUUUGGUUCUGGUUGCGGUUUUGGGAGACCAAUUCAUGCAAACUGAGGGUGGGCCUGUCACCAAAGUGAAGGGAGCCAUAACAAAAGUAAACAAAAAAGACGAAAGCGGCCGAAAAGCUCUUCAUAUCGCUGCUCUUCAUAUCGCUGCUGAGAAUGGUAAUUUGGCCGACGUUAAAAAGCUAAUUGAGAAAGGAGCAGAUGUUAAUGCAACAAAUGAUUUUGGGCGGACACCUCUUCAUUUAGCCGCAAUGAAAGGUCACAAGGUUAUCAUUGAUCAACUGCUCAAGGCAGGAGCCAAUCCCAAACAUAAAGACAGUUAUGGGAAGACAGCCUUUAAUAUAGCUUAUGAAAUUGGUAACGUGGAUGUCCUUAACACGUUCGACAGAAUUGGAGUUUAUGAAUGAUGAAAAUAAACAGACACUUCUUCAUUAAGCUGCUGAGCAAGGUGUAGCGGCAUAAUACAUACCGCUCGCGUCACACGAUAAACGCAAGCACUUAUUGUGCAUGCACUAAUCUAAAUUUUAAUUAGAAGCUAAUUUUAAAAUGGUCCAGCAAGUAAAAAAAUAUCAAAAU